CCCCAGGAGGAGCCCAGGGAAAAGGCACAGCAGCAGCCAUAUUAGCAGCGACUGACUCCCUGGAAAGUUUGCAGUUUGCUGGGCUGUGCGUCUUUGUAGCAGCGACUAUGAGUUCAAAGGAGCCCGCAUCCACCCCGGUGGAGAAGUACAAGUUGGUGGUGGUUGGAGGAGGAGGUGUGGGCAAAAGUGCCCUAACUAUCCAGUUCAUCCAGUCCUAUUUUGUUUCGGAUUAUGACCCGACCAUUGAAGAUUCUUAUACAAAAAUUUGUUCAAUCGAUGGGAAGCAAACAAGGCUGGACAUUUUGGACACAGCAGGACAAGAAGAGUUUGGGGCAAUGAGGGAACAGUACAUGCGGACAGGAGAGGGUUUCCUCUUGAUCUUUGCAAUCAAUGACAGAGGAAGCUUUAAUGAAAUGAGCAAGUUCCACACGCAGAUUCUCCGUGUCAAGGACAGAGACGAGUUUCCCAUGAUUCUGGUCGGCAAUAAAGCAGAUCUGGAUCUGCAGAGGCAGGUGACCAAAGAGGAAGCGCUCAGCUUUGCACGGGAAAAUCACAUUCCCUAUAUGGAGGCCUCUGCUAAAAUCCGGCUAAAUGUGGAUGAGUCUUUCCAUGAACUUGUCAGGGCAAUCAGGAAAUUUCAAGAGCUGGAGUGCCCUCCCACCCCGGCAGUCAACCCGAAGAAAAAGGAAUCCAAAAGCUGCCCUUGUGUCAUCCUGUAACUGUAUAUUGCGGGGAAUGCUGAGGGUUGGCACAGGAAUACCAGGGGAGGGGGUUUGGACAACUCAAGGAACAAAAAGCAUUGCUCCUGCAGCCAAGCUCUACGUCAACGGUCGACUUCAGCCAAUGCAUCAUGGCAGACCUGGAGUCUACGUCAAAGUGCCAACUUCUUUAUUCUCGCCAUCACGCAGCAGUCACACCUGCUGGCCCAGCCAACGGAGCUGAUGGGUGCCUCUGAGGACUGAGUAGCCCCUCCCCCAUGUGUAUUGAGGGGCGGAGCUUUAUUUGCGACUAAAGAGAAGAGGCAGUUUGCACACACUCCCUCCCGUUGCGCUGAUGCUUUUAUGUUUCUCUAUACUGGGAUAUGCAUGUAAAUAUAUAUGUAUUUUAUGUUCUCAUAUUUUAGUACUCUGAUUGUAAGCAGGACGGUGCAGAUCUGCGAGUCUUACCUUGGGACAGCUGUUGUGCACUACAGUUCCCAGAAUGCAUCUGGGCAAGAACACUGGGAGUUUACAGCAGCUGAAGGCAGGGCUGUCUUUAGUGGCUGUGGGACCUAUAGCAAAACAGGUAGAAUUGGUGCACAAGUAAAGGGCACUGGUAAAGCGUUACUGUCCUACGAUUCCUACCUAAAACUGAUACUUAUUUGGGCCCCUAAAGACAACUUCUCAUUAUUAUGUUUCCUGAACUAGUAUUUUUGGGUACAAGCCCUUGAAAUCAGUGUCUCUGCCACCUUUAACUGUCUAUCUUAAACCUGACAGGGCCUUGAGCAUUUCCACCAGGUCAGAUUAUAAACAUGAUGGUUCUGUUGUCAUGGUGACCUUCUGCAGCAGCAGUGCAUCAUGGAAUCCCUCUGGCAGACAUCUUGUUUUCAUAUUAUUAAGUAACAGUGUGUCCCUGAUCACUGUAUUCUGAACGUUGCUGUCUUGGCUGGAAUGAACCCUCUGAUUAAGACAUGUUUUUCUCCUACUUAUGAGAUGGGACUAUCAUUCUAUUGUAGUGGUUCCUCCUGAGAUAUUAGCCUAAAAAAUUCCCCAGUCAGCAGUCGCAUUUAAGCUGGCCAUAGAUGUUGAGAUUGCUAAAAGAUCAGAUCCUGAUCGUGAGACCACGGUUUUCUCAGAACGAUCGUAGGAAUUGACCAUCAACUAAAAAGACCAAUUUGCCAGGAAAACAAAGAAGCUGCCUGCUUGGCCCUGCAAACAUAGAUAGAUUGCACUGGGACCGACAAAGAUUUUUUGACCUGGCCGAUCAAUUUCCUGACAGAUGUCGGCCGAAAAAUUGUAAGAUGUACGAUCGUUCGAAUCCCACUAACCGCACGAUAAUUUCGAAGGAUUGGUCGGGCUUCCCUAAAAUCGGUCGUUCGGCAAGACGAAUCAUUGCGUCUAUGGGGAGCUUUACUCCAUCUGUUUAUCUGCUAGGCCUGUAAUUGAUAUAUUUAUAUAAAUAAGUCCUAUUUCCUCACGAGCAGACCGUAAAUCUUCUUUAUAAAGUCAAGAUAUUAUUAAAGUAUCUUUAAAAAGUUGAAAAGAACAUGGAAACAAGUUU